UUCCGGGUGCAACAUGGCGGAGUGACGCGGAUCAGGCAGCGCAGCGGGACGGGCCGGUUCGGACUCGGUUCUGAGCAGGUUUUUAUUGUUUUUUUAUCGUUUUUUUUAUCGGAACCGAACCAUGUCCAGACCGCGGAGCAAACAGAAAACCCUGAUCAUCACCGAAGAUGAGGAGGAGGAGGUUCUGAAGGAGGAAGAGCAGAACCCAUUUUCUUUCAAACAGUUCCUUCGAUCCAAAAACCUGGACUCAGACCAGGACCAGGACCAGGACUCAAAUCAGGAGGAGCAGACGUUGGACGAGUCGGAUCCUCUGGACCAGAGUCUGGAGGGGGCGUGGGGGCGUGUGUGGGCGUCAGGAGGCGGGGUCACGUCGGCGUCAGAGGGCGAAGAAGAAGAAGAAGAAGAAGAGGAGGAGGAGGAGGAGGAGGAGGAGGAGGUCACCAGAUUUGACUCCCACCCUGGUGAUGAUGAUGAAGACUCGAGGCAGAGUUAUGAAGGCGACGAUGAGACGUCCACCUUAGACCCACACAAGUCCAGGACCAGACCCAGACCCAGACCCGGAUCCAGUCUACAGCAGGUGAAACAGGAAAAUGAAGAACUGAAGAAAAUCAUCAGAGACCUGAGAGAGCAGUCCAAGAGGGACCAGACCAGGGUGGAGGAGUUGGGGGCGGAGCUGUUGCAGUGGCGUAUGCGAGACCAGCAGGAGGCGCAAGACCUGGAGACCAUGGUUCAGUCUGUGGAGAACAACUUGAGAGUCAUGACAAGUCGAGCUCUUAAAGCCGAAUCGUCCGUCUCCAAACUCAAGACCGAAGUGAAGCAGCUCCAGACCCGGUUGGAGCAGGUCCAGGCCGAGGUCUCGGGCCUCAGGGCCUCGGAGUCAGAGCUCGUUUUAACGAUGAGACGAAACGCGGCGGCGGCGGCGGAACGACUCCAGGAGACCGCCGCCCACGCCCACCGCUCUGUCAGGACUCUUCUGUCGGAGGCCGAGUCUCUGAGGUUUGUGUCGGAGCUGCUGCAGUCCAUCGACCGGAUGUCGUCUGUGUGAGACCAGGACCGAGACCAGGACCGAGACCAGGACCGAGACCAGGACCGAGACCAGGACCGAGACCGGGUCCAGUCCAAAGAGCCUUACUCGUGUUUUUAUCUGGUGUCCAGUUCCUCAAGUCCAGUGGGACGUGUCAGUAAAUAUUUACUACAGUACUUUUACAGUACUUAUACCUUUGUACUUUUACAGUACUUAUACUUUUAUAUUUUACUACAGUACUUUUACUUUUGUGUAUUUAAAUAUGAAAUAUAUUUUACUUUGUGAUGUCAUCAUGUGCUCAAAGAACCUCCUGAUCAUGUACUGAGUACUAUUACUGCAGUACUGUACUCUGCAGUACUGUACUCUGUUGUGUGUGUGAUCUGAGGCUGUUUCAGAUGUUAAAUUUUUAAAAUAAAUGUGUAAAAAACA